AUGGCUCUUAAGGAGGGCAAAGAUUUGGAAGGACGAGUUGCAGCUGAACUGUUAGUGUUCACAGCUUUUACGGGCUUUCUACGGAGUGGGCACAAGGAUGCAUUUACACCGGAAGACAGGGACGAAUUGCCCCAAAACAAAGUGUACGAUUAUUCACUUUCCGGGCCCAACUCGGCACACUUCGAAGUCUUCAGAAUUCCAAGCGGUGCAGCUCGAAUUGUAACGUCCCUGGAGCUGAGUUACGACGCGCUGCCAUUCGGUCGGCCAUUCUACGAGGUCAUCCUGACCGCCUCCAGUCCACCGGGUAGUGCCACAACACUGAUUCGCAUCCCAGUGACCAACGCGAAUAAUCAGGCGCCAACUUUCAUCAGCUCGGAUCUGGUGAAAGUGCCCAGGAACUUUCCCUUAAGGACUGCUUUCUAUCAAGCCGGCGCAAUAGACCGAGACGGCAGCACCGUCACCUUCAACUUUGCCUCAAGUGCCACACUAGCGACUCCAACAAAAACCAUCAGCGACAUCUUCAAUAUUAACCCCGUUAAUGGGCAGAUCAGCAUGACCAGUCCUCCGAGUAUAGCAACUAACUACACUUUGAAUCUGGUCGCCCAGGACGAUGGCACUUGUCCCGGAUGCCCUGCCGUUGGCAGUAUCCUCACCAGCCAAAUCUUCCUACUCACUGUCCAGGUCUACGAAGUCAAUCUACACCGGCCUAGUUUCACCAGUUGUCAGGCCACUUUCACGCUAUUGGAGGCCUCAGCAGCAGGCACAAUUUUGGGCACGGUUAGUUUCCUGGAUUAUGGCUGA